UCUCAGCUAUUACAAAACCACAGCUUCAACUUCCUCUUUUCUGCUAUUUCUCUAUCCUCAUCUGUCUCUCUCUCUCUCUCUCUCUUUCUUUUUUCAGAGGAAAACAUAGAGGGAAAACAAAAGAUCUUUAUUUCUGUUUAUUUUUACCGCAGGUGGGUUUUUCUUUUUAAAAUUUAAGAGUGAAAUAUAAGAACAGUAGAGAGAUCUUAUUGGGUAGUAUAAAUCGGGUCCACUUUGUUCUUGGGAAAGAUUCUGCACGCCCACAUGCUAUUUACUUCUACUGAGCGUGUGAAACCCAAAGUCAACUUGCUCAAGGAAUCUUGACAAAAUUACAGAUAGGUUAUAUCGACACCUAGGAAAGGAACCUUAAGGGGACCUCAAAGAAGCUUGUUCUUGCCGGUUAAUGAUUAACAAGUCUUUGAGAAAGUUGAGAGGCUUCUGGCGGAUGAAACAUUGAGUUGAAGAAAGAAAAAAAGAGAGAGAUUAUUUUUAUAUGGAAGGUGGUGGUGGUGGAGGAGAUGGCAGUUUCUUACCCAAGUCUAGCUUUAGUAUAUUCCCUGAGACUGCUAUGGAUAUGGAUUUCAUGGAAGAACUCUUGUUUGAUGGAUGUUGGCUUGAGACAACAGAUGGUAAAAGCUUGAAGCAGAUAACAGGAGAACCAUCUCCUAGUUCUACCAACAUGAAUGGCAACAACAACUCUUUCCUUUACGGUUAUCAGUUUGCUCAGAACCCAUCCAAGGAUCAUUUCUCCAACGAAGAGAUACUGAGAAAGUUUCCUCCAGUAGCACCAGGUUUUCUCAAGUUCAAAGAACCAAUAAAUCAAGUACCUCUUGAGCAGUCUGCAGCUAUGAGAUCUGCACAAGGAGAUAAGUUUCUCCUUGAACAAACCGAGGGAGGUAGAAGAUGGUGGAUUGCUCCAAGAACAAGCCAAGACCCUUCUUCAUCAGUGAAACAUAGACUAUUUCAAGCUAUCAAGGCCAUUCAACAGGAUAAAGACUUUCUUAUACAGAUAUGGGUGCCAAUUCAACAAGAAGGCAAGAACUUCCUCACCACUCUGGAGCAGCCACACUUCUUCAACCCCAAAUAUUCUAGUCUCAAAAGAUACAGAGAUGUUUCAGUAGCUUACAACUUCCUAGCUGAUGAGGACUCCAAGGAGUCUGUAGGUCUCCCCGGGCGUGUCUUCCUUGGGAAACUACCAGAGUGGACACCUGAUGUCAGGUUCUUCAGAAGUGAAGAGUAUUCACGCAUCAAAGAAGCGCAGAAAUGCGAUGUUCGUGGAUCAUUAGCCCUUCCUGUGUUUGAAAUAGGUAGUGGGACUUGUUUAGGUGUUCUUGAGAUUGUCACAACAACUCAGAAGAUGAACUACAAGCCAGAACUUGAGAAUAUCUGUAAAGCUCUAGAGGCUGUUAAUCUAAGAAGCUCAGCUAACUUGAAAUCUCCAAGCAAAGAGUUUCAGCAGGUCUAUAAUCAGUUCUACUCAGCCAUAUUACCUGAGGUAACAGACUUUUUGACAUGGGUGUGCAGAUCACAUGAUCUACCUCUAGCUUUAACAUGGGCACGGUGUGCUCGGCAAGGCAAAGGUGGAUCACGCCACUCUGAUGAGAACUUCUCUGAGUGUGUUUCAACUAUAGAUUCUGCAUGCUUUGUUCUAGAUGAAAAUAGUCAUCAUUUUCUUGUGGCAUGUUCUGAGCACCAUCUGCUUCAAGGGGAAGGCAUUGUGGGAAAAGCAUUUAAAGCGACCAAACUGUUCUUUGUACCGGAAGUAACCACUUUUAGCAAGACAAACUACCCUCUUGCACACCAUGCUAACAUCUCUGGUCUACAUGCAGCUUUAGCUGUCCCUUUGAAAAACAAAUUCAAUGGUUCGGUUGAGUUUGUUUUGGAGUUUUUCUUCCCUAAAUCUUGCCUUGACACCGAAGCGCAACAAGAGAUGCUCAAGUCGCUGUCUGUGACCUUACAGCAGGACUUCAGGAGCUUAAACCUUGUCAUUGAUAAGGAGUUAGAGCUUGAAGUAGUGUUUCCUAUUAGAGAGGAGUUGCUUUUCUCAGAGAAGCCACUUAUUGAUGCAGAGACAGGAGAGAAUCUGAAACCCUUGGAAGAUAUCUCUCAGGAAGAUUCUUCGUGGAUCUCUCACAUGAUAAAGGCCAAUGAGAAGGGUAAAGGAGUGUCUCUUUCAUGGGAGUACCAGAAAGAAGAGCCAAAAGAAGAGUUCAUGCUGACAUCUGGCUGGGACAACAGUAACUUACUUUCAGAUGCUGAGCAGUUGCACAAGACUUCAAACUCAGGGCUCAGACCAGGGGAAAAGAGAAGAACAAAGACAGAAAAGUCAAUAGGUCUAGAAGUUCUUAGACAAUACUUUGCAGGAAGCCUCAAAGAUGCAGCCAGGAACAUUGGUGUUUGUCCAACCACCUUGAAAAGAAUAUGCAGACAACAUGGGAUAACAAGGUGGCCUUCUCGGAAGAUCAAGAAAGUGGGACACUCGUUAAAUAAACUCCAACUUGUGAUAGACUCCGUUCAAGGUGCUCAAGGCUCUAUCCAACUUGACUCGUUCUACACAAGCUUCCCAGAGCUAAGCUCCCCAAAUGUAUCAGCUGGCACUUCCAUCAAGAACACUCACCAGUCAAAGCAUUUGAAUGUUCAAACCGAGAACGGUGUUUCGCCGCCAUCAUCUUUUUGUAGCCACAGCUCUGGUUCAAGCGCAUGCUGCUCAACUGGAGCUAACCAAAGCAGCAUCAAUACUGCAAAUAACACUAUAACCACUCUGAUGGCUGAAAACGCUAGCGCCAUCUUGAAGAGAGCUCGCAGCGAAGUAAGACUUCGUACCAUGAAUCAUGAGGAGACAAAGUUUCUCUGUAGAACCAUGAGCCACAAAACAUUCAGUGAGCAUCAUCCUCUUCUUGAAAAUCUACCUCGGUUACCAAAGAGUCAUCAUAGCAAAGCUGGAGGCGCAUCUAAAGUGAAAGCCACGUUCGGUGAGGCCAAAGUACGGUUUACUUUGCUUCCAACGUGCGGCUACAGAGAGUUGCAGCAAGAAAUUGCUAAGCGUUUUAACAUAGACAAUAAUAAUAUUGCAACCUUUCAUCUUAAAUACUUGGAUGAUGACAAAGAAUGGGUUCUUCUGACGUGUGAAGCGGAUCUUGAGGAAUGUAUCGACAUUUAUAGAUCAUCACAGAGCCGCACCAUCAAGAUUAGUGUUCAUGAAGCUUCCCAAGCCAAGCUGAGAGGCUCUUUUGGUAGCACCGGUGUGGGUCCAUCGCUAUAAGCAACCAGGUAAGGUUAGGUUGCUUGCUACCUGAAAACACAAGGAAAAUCUUCUACUAAUUUACACUAAUGUGCUAGAAACAAAACACUACUCACCGUUUCUAUAGACCGGGCAUGGCUGUAAACAUUUUUUUAAGUGCCUUGGAUCAUUCCAUUUUGCAAGUAGUAGUAGUGGACUGGUUCUCUGCAUCGGCCUAGUCAGAAUUUUUUGUAUAAUAAGGCCAUUGCAAACCAGGAACAUGCUUCUUUUUUUUUGAC